UUUGAUUCCGUCUGCCUGUUUCUUCCGUCAUUUUUUUCUUUCUUUCUUUCUAUAUUCCCUUUUCCGAAAGUCCAAUUUCUUGGCCUAGCUAUCUAAUUAUCUCACCACAUCUAUAAAACCUCCACCUCGAGGGCGAAACAACCCAGGUUGCUCCAACCUAAUUCAAACUCAUUUCCCACCCACCUUCAUUUCCCGGCUGUUCAUCUUCCUUUUUUUCCCUCCACCAAACCCAACCAAAGAAUUCAGUUUCCGAUCUUGGCGCCGGCCGGUGAAGGAGCACUAAGCAGAGUACUUCACUACUUCUUUCAUCAGGCCAGCAACCUUUACCAAGAAAAGCAAAUCCGAACUGUGAAAGCGAAGAAAAAAAAAAGAUCGAGAAUGAUCGUCAACGUGAAGGAAUCGAGUUUGGUCCAGCCGGCGGAGGAGACUCCGAAUGUGGGUCUGUGGAACGCCAACGUUGACCUGGUCGUGCCGCGGUUCCACACCCCGAGCGUCUACUUCUACCGCCCCACCGGCGCCGCCGACUUCUUCGACCCGGCCGUCAUGAAAAAGGGCCUGGCUAAGGCCCUCGUCCCGUUUUACCCCAUGGCCGGGCGGCUCAGGAGGGACGAGGAUGGUCGGAUUGAGAUCAACUGCAACGCCGAAGGCGUUCUCUUCGUCGUCGCCGAGACCACCUCGGUGAUCGAUGAUUUCGGCGACUUCGCGCCCACGUUGGAGCUCCGGCAGCUUAUCCCGGCUGUGGAUUACUCCGGCGGACUCUCCACCUAUCCUCUCUUGGUUCUCCAGGUGACAUAUUUCAAGUGCGGCGGAGUCUCGCUCGGCGUCGGGAUGCAGCACCACGCCGCCGACGGCUUCUCCGGCCUACACUUCGUCAACACGUGGUCCGACAUGUCACGAGGGCUCGACAUCACUCUGCCGCCGUUCAUCGACCGGACCCUCCUCCGUGCCCGCGACCCGCCCCGCCCGGCAUUCGAGCACAUCGAGUACCUCCCUCCACCGGCGAUGAAAACCAUCUCCACCACCGCCGCCGCCGCCGUCACCGGUGACGUCGCUUCCAAACCGGCCGCUGAACCUGCCCCCGCCGCCGUCUCGAUCUUUAAGCUUACAAGGGACCAGCUCAACGCCCUGAAAGCGAAGGCCAAGGAAGCCGGGAACACAAUCAGCUACAGCACCUACGAGAUGCUCGCCGGCCACGUCUGGCGGUCCGCCUGCAGAGCCCGCGGCCUCGCCGACGAUCAGGACACCAAACUGUACAUCGCCACCGACGGGCGGUCCCGCCUCCGCCCGCCGCUACCCGCGGGCUACUUCGGCAACGUGAUCUUCACCACAACCCCAAUCGCGUCGGCGGGGGAUCUGGGCAACAAGCCCACCUGGUUCGCCGCGGGCCGGAUCCACGACGCGUUGGGCCGGAUGGACGACGAGUACCUGAGGUCGGCGCUGGAUUACCUGGAGGUGCAGCCGGAUCUGACGGCGCUGGUCCGCGGGGCCCACACUUUCAAGUGCCCGAACCUCGGGAUCACGAGCUGGGCUCGGCUGCCGAUCCACGACGCCGACUUCGGGUGGGGCCGGCCCAUCUUCAUGGGCCCGGGCGGGAUCCCGUUCGAAGGGCUGUCGUUCAUCCUGCCCAGCCCCACCGGCGACGGCAGCAUGUCGGUGGCGAUCUCGCUGCAGGAGGAGCACAUGAAGUUGUUCAAUAGCCUCAUCUAUGAGAUUUAAUUUCAUUCAACUAGUAAAAAUUGUCUCAAAGGCACAUAUGAUGAUGGUGGAAUCGUUUUUUCAUUGUUAUUUUCCUUUUUGUUCAUGAUAAAGCUGCUCUGUUCAUCGAAUUCCUGCAGACUAUUUCGUGCAACUGUUGAUUAGACAUGAAAAUGCAGAGGAGAAAAAAUGUUACAGUACUGCUCUGUUUUGGAUGCUUGCUUUCCUGUCCUGCCUGAUUUGUGCAAUUAUAUGAACAGGGGAUAUGUCAUAUGUGGCUUUUGCUGUCCAAGCAAAGCAUGUAUGGCUUACCGCAAUUCAGGCGAGUCCGUGGUUUCUGAUUGAU